ACAUGACAGCUUGAGAAUUGUAGACAAUAAAAUUUUUCUAAUUUUCUCUCAAUCAAAAUAGUCCAUUCAUUUGUAUUUGUUUUAAUUAUUUGAUGAAUAAUUUUGUUUAUUUUUCGUUAUCAUUGUUUAGUUUAUUGAUCGUUUUAUUCAUCUACGUAAGAUGAGUGACCAGGAAGUGAAAAGUAAAAAAAGUCUCCGAGGAAGAAGUAAAAAUAAGACUACAAGUUCAUCUUGUUCUUCUGGUGUCAAAGAUAAUGAUAAAAACAAUGGAUCUAAUCAACGAUCAGCUGGUUCUAAGAAAAGUGCUAACAAAAAGAAAGGUUCAUCUUCGAUAAUACUUAAACUUGGCUGUGUAAGAGGUAGAAUAAGGAUUGAAGAUACAAGUUCCGAUGAAGAGAUUGUACCCAAAGUGGAGCCAAUUAGUAAAUUAGAGACUAAUGAGAUUCCGGUUGAAGUUAAACAAGAGAAAUUGUUGUCCAGUGAAUUGGAGGAAAAAGUUUCAGAUGAAAAUUAUAUCAAUCGAUUUAUUAAAACAGAGAAAUUCAAUCUUCCAGAGAUCAAUCAUUUGUCUCUAAUUCAUACAACACAAACAUCAUCAUUGAUAUCUAAAGACGAUUUAGUCGAUGACAAUUCACCUUCUUUAUCUGUCUCGGGUGGUCCUCGAGCUAAUAUUCCAUUACAAACUAGACAACCUUUAGCCCCGAGACAUAAAGCAAAUUCGAUUGGUGAUAAAUGUCCCAGUCCACGUAUCCCUAAUUGCGAUAAAUGUGAACAUCCGACUCUACUUCUUGAAAAAUUGCAGUUAAGCUUCCGUCCCACGUUAGAAGAGCUCAAGGAACGUAAAGUCAUUCGUUUUAAUGAUUAUGUUGAAGUAACUCAGGCCCAUGAUUAUGAUCGUCGAGCUGAUAAACCAUGGACAAGAUUAACUCCAGAGGAUAAGGCUGCUAUUCGUAAGGAACUUAAUGAAUUUAAAAGCUUAGAAAUGGCUGUUCAUGAUGAGAGUCGACACUUGAUAAGAUUCCAUAAACCUUAACAUGCGAUAUAAAUAUAUAUAAAUAUAUGUACAUAUAUUUUUAACUUUAUCUUUGGAUGAAGAUAAUUUGUUGUGACCAGUUAAUUUAGUUCUCAUUAACUGCUAAAUUGAUUAAGGAAAACACUGUGAAGAGAUUAAAUCAAGGAACCAUUUAACUAUCAUUGGAACCAUCAAAAUCUUAAUCAUUUACCAAAUUCGACCCUCGAGUUUUUUUUUAUCAUAACAAGAAAGUAAAAUGGACUUUCCUUAAUUGUGAUCUCUUUGACAACGAGGAUUCUCAACAAAUAUCCUAAAAAUGUGCCAACGACUUUUUCUUAUAUAUACUAUAUUAUAUCAACUGUAUCUAAACAAACAAAAAGGCCAGUUAAUUAGUUAAUUAUUAAUUAAUUUAUUUGAUUGGGGAAGAGAAAGAGAAACAAACUUACUUUUGUAACAAUAGUAAUAACAAUGCAAGAGAAGCGCUAAAAUUGAAAAGACGAAAACUGUGAUUUGCGAAAACGCAACAAUUAAACAAAAAAAAAUGCAGACCGAUUACAAAGAGCAACAAUUAAUAGAUCAGCUAAUUAACACACAAUAAGAAUCAUUUAAAUCAAAUUAAAAUUUGAAAGUAAAAAAUUAAGCCCCAAACAAAUGAAAAGGAUGAACGGACGAGGAGAAACAAUCAAUUUUCAAUGAUUUCGUUGAUUAAGUUGUCCUGUUAUCUUGUUGUGUAUUAUAAUUAUUAUUAUCUUUGUUAUUAUUAUUCAUUGUGAUUAUUUCAUCUCCUCACUCUGUAAACCACCCACUUCCGCAUCUUCAAUCCACUUCCUGAAGUCCAUUUCAUCAUAUGUGUUUUUUUUUCAUCACAUUCUAAAAAUUUUUGAUUCUUUUAAAUCCAUUCAUCAUCUUUAUCCUCUUCUCAACUCUGAUAUCGACUUCAUUGAUGACAAGUUUCAUUGAUUCUUCCAAAGAAAUGAUAAUAAUUCCAUUAACUGGAUUUACUUGAUUGUAACUUUUAACUGUAUCUGAAUGAAAACAAUGCAUUGUAAUAUUUUUAUCAAACUAUUAUAUCUUCAAUCAAAGAAAUUAAGACUGAGGAAGCAAAAAGAAACGAUAAUUAGCUAAUCAUCUAAUUGUUUUUCAUUCAUUUUUAGUCUCAAUAUUACCUCAUGUUCAUCAUUCCCAUCAAUUAAUAUGUAAUUCAAUCCAAAUAACAAUCAACUAAUUGUUGGUUUUAUUUUCCUUUCUCUUUCCAAAUCUUAAUCAUUUUCUAAAAUCUCUCCAAAUGAAAUAAUGAUUUUAAAGAAAUACAAAACAAAACUGAUUCCACUUUACAAGAGUAAUUCCAAAUCAACUCUUAAUUGCUGGCACAAAUUAAGAACAAUUAAACUUGCAAUCAAGUUCAAAUUUCGUAAGAAA